AUGCCCCAUUCUCUCUUCCCUCCCUUCCCCCCUCUACGGUCACCUGCGCGUCUCCCUGGAGCCCGAGUCUCCCUGGAGCCCUACUUCUACUACAUGGGCAACCGCCGCGGCAUGGGCGCGUACGGGGUGGAGUUCCGCGAGCCCGCGCAUGGAUUGCAGGGGGAGGGCGACCUGGCGGGCGUGGGGGUGUACGCGGCGCGGGACAUUGACAGCCGGGGGGGCGCGCGCGUGGUGAUGGAGGUGCCGCUGCCGCUCAUGCUGAGCGUCUCCAGGGACCCCCCCUGGAUGUUCCACCCGGACAUUGUCCCCAUGGGGCACCCUGUGUUUGAUGUGAUCUCCGCCGCCGAGGGGGAGGCCAACUGGGACCUCCGACUGGCCUGUCUGCUGCUCCUAGCGCUGAACUCCUCACCUGCCUCUCGUGGGCGGGAGGAUGCAUACGGGUCCAAGCGGCCGCACUUCCUCACGGAAUAUGCUGACUUCCUGCCCUCGCCGCUCGACUGCCCCUCGCUGCUACUCUCCUCACAGGAGGAGUUGGCAGCGCUGCAGGACGAGGGGCUGGCAGAGGAGGCACGGCAGCAGCAGCAGCGCGUCAAGGCGUUCUGGCGCGCGCACUGGCGGUCCGAUUCAUCACCACAUCAGCUGCAGCGUCUGGCACCCAGUGAGGCGGACAUGCUGUGGGCCGUGGGCAUAGUGCAGAGCCGAGGGGGGGUGAGGCACACUCCCAUGGGCACUGUCAAGACCGACACGCACAUGCUGCUGCCCUAUGCUGACAUGUUGAACCACUCGUUCAGCCCGCUGUGCUCGCUGCACUGGCGCAAGAGCGACCGCGUGAUGGAAGUGCGGGUUGAUGCCGGGCACAUCGUGCGUGCUGGCACUGAGCUGACCAUGUCGUACAUGCCCAAGGCAGACAACCGCGCUCUCAUGGGCUCUUUCGGCUUCUCCAUCACUCACAACCCGUGGGAGCAAGUAACGCUCGCCGAUGCUACACCUGCGGCAGCACCAUCUCUCGCCUCCUCCUCUCCCGCCACCGCGCCCUUCACCCCGCCGCCAAACCACAUUCACCGGGACAGCUUCCUCUCCGCCUUUGACCUCAUAGCCACCGACGAUGACUAUGACUACAACCCCGGUGACUCUCCUCCGGACCCCUUUGUGGACGGGGCGCUCGUGGCGGCGCUGCGCUGCCUGCCCACGUGGACCAAUGGCGACGUGCCAGCUGUCCCCUCUGAGGAGCUGGGAGCCGUGCGCUGGCUGCAGCAGCGGUGCCGGGAGCAGCUGGGGGCGUUCCCCACAACGCUGGAGGAGGACGAAGCAGUGCUGGAGUCGGAGGGAGCAGAGGAUAAAUCAGCACGCUGGUGGGCUGCCAUCAAGUACCGCAUGGAUCGAAAGAAGUUUCUGGUGAAAAUCAUUGACGCUUUAGAUAUUUACCUCGACAGGCUUGUCCUCUGA